AUGAGUGGUACAGUGAAUACCACCGCCACUCUACGAUUAUAUGGUGCUACGUGGUAUAUGCCGCCGAAUAUAAAAAAAAAACAAGCUGUUAACUAUUACGAAUCAACUAUUAUUUUUUGGGGUAGUUUAGUCGUAGAUCAAAGUAGACAUAGCGCAGUUUACGAAAGAAGAAGCAGUAUACCAGAUGUUGUAGAUAACCAAAAUGCUAUGCUCUUUCAGUGCCAGAAAAAGAAAACGAAGACUGCAAUUUGAUACGAUCGAAACUUAUCGCAAUUACAAUUGAAACUAUUUCUGUUACCAAUAAUUGGCAAGUGAAACAACGUUCCAUCGAUGUUAGAGCUUGCAGCAAAAUCUUCGACAAAUUGCAACUGAUCUUCCUGAUGGCUUGUGCAAUGACUGUCUGGGUAUGGAUCCAGAGUUUCUUUCUAGAUUAAUUCCACAAAAUAAAGAGCAUGUACGUCCAGCAUGCAAGAAAUGUGGAUAUGCUGGGCAUCUUACAUAUCAGUGUCGUAAUUUUAUUAAGGUUGACCCAAAUAAAGAAAUAGUUCUAGAUGUUAGCAGUACUAGCUCCGAUAGUGAUGAAAAUUAUGUCACUCCUCUGACUGAAUUACGCGAGAAAGAAUUGAAAAAGAAACUUCAAGAGGCCAAGAAGAAGCACAAAGAAAAGAAAUAUAAGAAAAAAUCCAAGAAACACAAGAGAUCAGAGACAAGUGACAGUGAAUCAGACACAGAAGCUUCUAGUGACGAAGAUAGGAAACAUAAACAUAAAAAGAAAAAGAAAAAAUCUAAACAUAAAAGAUACAAGAAACAUAGAAAAGACAAUUCAUCUGACACUAACAGCGAUGACAAGAGGAGAUAACCCGAUUCACUUAUAACUGACCAAUAAUUCUAAAGUUUUGCUCAAAUUACCAUUAUCAUGUACAUAAAUGAAAUUAUAUGACUUGUAAAUAAACGAGAAUGAAUGAGAUUCCAUUUAUAUGAACUCUAUAUCAUUUCUAUGUAGAUACAAGAAUUUAAAUGUAAAUUCAUUGUCUAUAAAAUAAUAAAUGUUAUAUAUAAUUUUGUAUAUAAAGA